CUCUCGGUGCCGAGGAUGGGCGUGAGCGAGGAGCCGGGCGCGCCGGAGGACGGGAUGGAGAACGGGUCGGAGGACGGGCCGGAGGACGGCGCCCUGGCCCGCGGCGGCUGCUUCGAGGCUUUCGGCGACAGCGCGGAGACGCGCGCGCUGCUGGGCCGCUUGCCGGAGCUGCUGGGGGACGGCGCGGUCCGCGAGGGCGCCCUGCAGCGGUUCCGAGUGAUAAUGGACAAAUACCAGCAGCAGCCUCAUCUGUUGGACCCACACCUUGAAUGGAUGAUGAACUUGUUGUUGGAAACAGUGCAAGAUGAGACAUCUCCAGCUGACCUUGUACAUCUGGCUUUUAAAUUUCUUUAUAUUAUCACCAAGGUUCGAGGAUAUAAAACAUUUCUUCGUUUAUUUCCUCAUGAAGUAGCCAACGUACAGCCUGUUUUAGAUAUGUUUACAAACCAGAAUCCUAAGGACCAUGAAACUUGGGAGACCCGCUACAUGCUUCUCCUGUGGCUCUCCAUGACCUGCCUGAUCCCUUUCGAUUUUUCACGCCUUGACGGGAAUCUUCUCUCUCAACCUGGGCAAAUGCGAAUGUCCACAAUCGACCGUAUUCUCCAAAUAGCACAGUCCUACUUGGUUGUCAGCGACAAGGCCCGAGAUGCGGCUGCUGUCCUUGUGUCCAAGUUUAUCACACGGCCUGAUGCCAAACAGAAGAUGGCGGAUUUCCUGGACUGGAGCCUGUGCACUUUGGCCCGCUCCUCCUUCCAGACCAUCGAGGGGGUCAUCACCAUGGACGGGAUGCUGCAGGCCCUGGCACAAAUAUUUAAGCAUGGAAAACGUGAAGACUGUUUACCCUAUGCGGCCACUGUCCUCAAGUGCCUGGACAGCUGCAGAAUCCCUGACAGCAACCACACCCUGCUUCGGAAACUCAGGGUGAAGCUCGUGCAGCGGCUGGGCCUGACCUUCCUGAAGCCCAGGGUGGCCAAAUGGAGGUACCAGCGUGGCUGCCGCUCCUUGGCUGCUAACCUGCAGGCCUACACCCAGAGUCAGAGGGAGCCCCCGAUGCACACCAAGACUCCUGACAGUGAGGAGGGCUAUGACGUCCCUGAGGAGGUGGAGAACGUGAUUGAGCAACUGCUGGUUGGGCUGAAGGAUAAGGACACGGUUGUGCGAUGGUCUGCAGCCAAAGGGAUUGGCAGAGUGGCUGGAAGACUUCCCCAGGAGCUGGCGGACGACGUGGUGGGGUCGGUGCUGGACUGUUUCAGUUUUCAGGAGACAGACAACGCCUGGCAUGGAGGGUGUCUGGCGCUGGCAGAACUGGGCAGAAGAGGCCUGCUGCUCCCUCCUCGACUCCCGGAUGUGGUUCCUGUGAUCCUGAAGGCGCUGACCUACGAGGAAAAGCGAGGUGCCUGCAGCGUGGGUGACAACGUCAGGGAUGCCGCCUGUUAUGUGUGCUGGGCCUUCGCACGCGCCUAUGAGCCUCAGGAGCUGACGCCCUUUGUGGCCAAGAUUUCAAGUGCACUGGUCAUCGCCACGGUGUUCGACCGGAACGUGAACUGCAGGAGGGCUGCCUCUGCUGCUUUCCAGGAGAAUGUGGGAAGACAGGGCACUUUCCCUCAUGGAAUUGAUAUUUUGACCACGGCUGACUAUUUUGCUGUUGGUAACAGAUCUAACUGUUUCCUGGUUAUAAGCAUGUUUAUUGCUGGCUUUCCCGAGUACACACAGCCGAUGCUGGAUCACUUGCUCACCAUGAAGAUCAGCCAUUGGGAUGGGGUCAUCAGAGAGCUGUCAGCGAAGGCGCUACACAACCUGGUCCAGCGGGCGCCUGUGUACAGCACCGCUCAGGUGUUCCCACGCCUGCUGUCGAUGACACAGAGUCCAGACCUGCACACGCGGCACGGGGCUGUGCUUGCCUGUGCGGAGGUGGCCCACAGCCUGUACACACUGGCGGUGCAGGAGGACAGGCCCGUGGAAGACUACCUGGACAGGAUGACAGUGCAGGGCCUGAAGCAGAUUCACCAGCAGCUUUAUGAUCGUCAGUUAUACAGGGGCCUAGGAGGAGAGCUCAUGAGACAAGCAGUGUGUGUGCUAAUAGAAAAGCUGUCCCUUUCCAAGAUGCCCUUCAAAGGUGACACCGUCAUCGAUGGUUGGCUGUGGUUGAUCAGUGACACUUUGAGAAAUCUCCAUCAUAUCUCCAGUCAUUCUAGACAACAGAUCAAGGAAGCCGCUGUCUCGGCCCUGGCUGCUCUCUGCAACGAAUACUACACAGAGGAGCCUGGGGAGGCGGAUGCUGCUGCGCAGGGGGAACUGGUAGGGAAGUAUCUCGCGGAACUCCAGAGCCCAGAGGAGAUGACGCGCUGCGGCUUCGCAAUGGCCUUGGGCGCCCUUCCAGGCUUCCUUCUGAGAGGCAGGCUCCAGCAGGUUCUAGCUGGGUUAAGAGCCAUUACCCUUUCAUCUGAGGACGUGAGCUUCGUGGAGUCCAGGCGGGAUGCCCUGAAGGCGAUCUCCAGGGUUUGCCAGACUGUCGGUGUGAGGGCGGACGGGCGUCCAGAUGAGGUUGUGUGCAGAGAGAACGUGGCCCAGAUCUACUGCACGAUGCUGAACUGCCUGCGUGACUACACCACUGACAGCCGCGGGGACGUGGGCGCAUGGGUCCGUGAGGCCGCCAUGACCAGCCUGUUGGACCUGACUCUUCUGCUGGGGAGAGACCAGCCAGAGCUGAUCGAGGCUCCCAUCUGCCAUGGGGUCAUGUGCUGCCUGGCCCAGCAGGCCAGCGAGAAGAUAGACCACUUCCGCGCGCACGCCGCCCAGGUGUUCAUGACGCUGCUGCACUCUGCUGGUCCCGCCGGUCCCACUGUCCCCCAUGUGCCCCACCGGGGAGAACUGGAAAAGCUCUUUCCCAGGUCCGACAUGGCCUUUGUCAACUGGACGGCACCAUCCCAGGCCUUUCCUCGCAUCACCCAGCUGCUGGGGCUGCCUGCCUACCGCUACCAUGUGCUGCUGGGGCUGGCUGUGUCCGUGGGUGGACUCACAGAGUCCACGGUCAGGCACUCCACCCAGAGCCUGUUUGUGUACAUGAAGGGGAUUCAGGGUGACCCCCAGGCCCUGGGGAGCUUCAGUGAGACCCUCCUGCAACUCUUUGAGGACAACCUUCUCAACGACAGGGUGUCCGUGCCGCUGCUCAAGAUGCUGGACCAGAUGCUGGCCAACGGGUGCUUCGACAUCUUCACCACGGAGGAGGACCAUCCUUUUUGUGUGAAACUGCUCGCGCUUUGUAAGGCAGAAAUUAGCAAGUCCAAGGACGUCCAGAAACUGCGGUCCAGCAUUGCUGUGUUCUGUGGGAUGGCGCAGUUCCCGGGCAGCGUGAGGAAGAAGGUCCUGCUGCAGCUGCUGCUCCUGCUCUGCCACCCGUUUCCCGUGAUCCGCAAGACCACAGCUGGCCAGGUGUACGAGAUGCUGCUCACCUACAGCGACGUCGUGGGCGCAGAUGUUCUGGACGAGGUCAUGGCUGUGCUCAGUGACACAGCCUGGGACACGGAGCUCCCACUCGUAAGAGUUCAGCGGAACCGCCUGUGUGACCUGCUUGGAGUGCCCAGACCUCAGCUGGUGCCCAAGCCUGUUGCCCCCUGAGGCCAGUCCUGGAAGCUGAGGCCUUGUGCCCAUCUUCUGGGAGCAGCAUGCAGGUGCCAGCCAGCACGGGAAACCUGGACGCAGAGCCUCGGCCAUCGGCUGGUACGUUUGCUGAGGGACUUGGAGUUUGUCACCGUGGAGGCAGCUUUCUUCUAAUGCAGCCAGUACGCCAGUGACCCGGGAUGUCAGUGCUUUUGUCUUUAUUUAAAUGCGAGCCCAUAUCUUAUAAAAUCAUGUGCUGAGCAGUCUGUGUCUGACCCUGUUAUGAACGG